AUUAUAUGCAUUACAUAAAUACAUACAAUUCUAAAUGCACACACUUUUUUAUACUCAUGGAUUUUACGAAAAUGUAACGAAAGUGCCAACAUAAAAUAUUUCAUAAAAUUAUGAUUUAAAUGCGAAAGAUACCAUACAUUCUAAAGUCACACUAAAAAAUAUUACACCUUUGAUAUGUAAAUUUUCAAUGUAAAAAAAAAUUGUUUAGUAAUUUACGCACAAAUUACACAAAACUUUUUACCGCGCUGCUCUUGCCUUCAGUCAUUUUGUGCUCAACACCUUCCAGUAAAAUCUUGUCGAAGUCACAAUGGCUCCAUAUGAAGGUUAUCUGCUGGAAAUCGCUCAAGCCAUAACAGUACGAGAUGAGGACAGGCAGCUGUAUACGGCAGAUUUCGAAAUUAUACGAAAUUAUAUUUUAAAUGGAAUGUGCAAAGUUGACAACGUCUUCAAUAUCAUUUACAGGGGUACAAGUCUUUUCGGCAGCUACUCAAAUAAUGUCCGAAUCAAGUAUCCCAGCGAAUUUGAUGUGAUAUUUAAGCUCAGUGUGCCUUUUUCGAAAUAUAUUAACGUCGAGGAGGACGAAGAUCGUCCUGGAUAUGUAAAUUUAGACUUUGAAGAUGUUAUGGAGGAAAUGUAUGAAUGCAACGGUUAUACGGAUGCCUAUAAUCGAUUUGUAGAUCUUGUCGAUACUAAUAACAAUUACCUGCGUCGUUCGAAUCUACAAAGGUGGCUUAAAGAUGUAAUGGAAACUUGUUUGGACACUUUUGGCAAUCAAGUUCGUGGCAAGUGGGGGCAUUUAUAUACGUUAAUCUAUUCGAAACGUGGCUUAGCCCAUACAAUUUAUGCUAAAUGUUCAAAACAUUCGAUUUCGAUCGAUUUUGUACCGGGCAUUUGCUUUGGUCCCACCGAAUGGAUGCAGCUGCCGCACUCUAGAAAGUUCAAGCACAAAUGCGAUCAAUGGUUUGCCGUGCCAAAGCCAACAAGUGGCCCCAAAGGGACCAGACGUUAUGCAUUUAUGGUGUGCAAUCCAAAAGUUGAGCAUGAUCUACUCUUGGGAAGACAAAAUUUGAAAGUAGUUUUUCGUUUAUUAAAAUCUCUGCGAAAUGCAUAUGGUAUGUAUCGCCUGAAAAGCUACUUCCUAACAACUGCUUUCUUAUGGGAAAUUCAAAUACAGAGCGACAGGUUUUGGCAUAAUCCGUUACACAUUUUACUUGAGCAUAUGCUAGAAACCUUAGCAAGCGACUUUGCUGAAGGCUCAUUGCCAUAUUUUUGGAAUAAAGAUUUAAAUCUUUUAGACAUUCUAAGUGAUGAUGAUAUAGAUGAGUUAGCUUAUAAAUUGGGUAGAGCUCAUGAGACAUUACGUCAAUAUAAGUUCGAACCAAAUUUAAGCAAAAAACGAUGCCUUACUCAUUUUGAGCUUCCUUAGAGUUGAUGCGUUCAUUUAAAAAGUCUCUUCGUAUAAUUUAAAAACGUGUAAAUAAAUAUAAUACUUUUUAUUUUUAUAUUUAAAUUUCCCUAUAUAU